UCUACAGUUAGCAAAACUAAUUAAGUCAAUUACUCUGUUUGUGUUGUAUUUUUCUCUUUUCAGUUUUGCUGGCUGCCUAUGUAUAUAUACAUAUCCAGCCUAGCGUUUUCUGUAAAUAUAUUUUUACAAAACAGUGUACACAUACAAUCAAUAUGAAAUCGUUCCUUUCUUUUCCGUUUUAUGGUAUCAUGAGCCUCUGAGCUCUGCCACUGCUUCCAUUCGCGGAUCCCGCUGUCCGCAACCAUGGCUGAAAAAGAAACCAACAAAGAAAAAAAUGAAGACCCCCAAAACCCUGCAAGCCCCUAUUACCUCCACCCGGGAGAAAACCCAGGUGCUGUUCUUGCUAGCCCAAUUCUUGAUGAGUCAAAUUACCAUUCUUGGAGCAGAAGCAUGAUGAGGGCUCUGCUGUCAAAAAACAAAUUCAAAUUCGUGGACGGGUCCAUUCAAGAACCACAAAAGUCUAAUGAACUUCAUGAUGCUUGGGUAAGAUGCAAUACCAUGAUUCUUUCCUGGAUAACAAAAUCUGUUUCUGAACAAAUAGCACAAAGUGUCAUCUACAUCAACAACGCUCAAAGGCUUUGGGAGGAUUUGAAAGAAAGAUUUUCAAAAGGGGAUUACUUUAGGUUUUCAGACUUACUGCAGGAAAUUCAUUCCAUCAAACAAGCAGACCGCACUAUAUCAAGCUAUUUUACUGAGCUAAAAAUCCUAUGGGAAGAAUUAGAGUCAUUAAGGCCAACACCAACUUGUACCUGUGAUGUUAGAUGCUCAUGUGACCUUUCCACCAAAGUAAAAGACUACAAGGACACCGAAUAUGUCAUAUGCUUCCUCAAGGGCCUUAAUGAUCAAUACAACACUGUCAAGAGUCAAAUUCUUAUUAUGGAUCCUUUGCCUGUGAUCAACAAAGUUUUUUCUUUAGUAUUGCAGCAAGAAAGACAGCAAAACACACCCAAUCUUGCAGACUCAAGAAUCUUUAGCCUCAACACACAAUCUGGGGGGAAUUGGAGAUCUUCUUCCAAUGGUAGAGGAGGAAGCUCAAGAGGAAGAGGAAGAACAGGUGGUCGAGGAUCUUUCACCAAUGCAGGGAAAGUCUGCACCUUCUGUGGUAAGGAAAAUCAUACCAUAGACUCUUGCUACUUCAAACAUGGAUUCCCUCCCAAUUUCAAAUUCAAGGACAAAGGGAACACUACUUCCAUAAACACUAUCAGUAGUAAGGCUCCCAGUACCCAAGCUAGUGAGAUUUCAAGAAAGCAAAACAAAGAGUCCACCUCAAAUUUUACCCAUGAAGAUUAUGAUCACCUCAUUGACAUGCUAAAAAGGGCUAAGUUGCAAUCACCAGAACAUAGCAUUAAUCAACUUGUCCAUCAAACCACUACUGAAUCAGUAAGUUCCUCCAACCUGCAACAAAAUCAACCAGGACCUCACUUCCAAGAAGACGAUUGGGCUUGCUGAGGUCAAAAAUCACCUUUACAUUCUGCAACGUCCUUCCAAGGAUAAUUCUAUUUCAGCUUGUAAAUCUAAUUCUGUUUUGAAUGCUCAACCAAAGGGCACUACUUCUUCCUUUGAUCUUUGGCAUUAUAGGCUUGGUCACCCUUCUCAUGUUGUUUUACAAACUGUGAAAAGACU